AUUGCCAAUAGUCCUCUGACAGGAACGCAAUUAAAUCAUCCAAACAUGCCUCCCAAAAAGAAAGGAACAAAGGACAGAUUUGCAAAUAUGACAGAGGAAGAAAAAGCGGCAUAUUUAGAGCAACAGCGCUUAGCUGAGGAGGAAUCCAAGGCUAAGAAGGCCACCAUGCUUUCAAAAUAUUUACAGGAUAAAUUAGAGAAAGAAGAACGAAUGAGCAAACUAAAUAAUUUCAAGUUGCUUCAUCAUUGGCGCAUUAUUAUGCGCGAUGCCAAAUCAAAAGAGCUCAGGAAUGAUAUACAAAUUUUGUCACAAACAUUCGAAAGGAUUAUAGAUAGAAAGGACAAUAUAAUUAGAACGCUAAUCAAGGAUUUGAAUGAGGCAGAAGAACAACAUAUGCUGUCCCUUCGAUCGCACCUUGAGAAUAUCGAUAAUAUGACCGAUUUGCAAAAUGAACGCCUUCGAAAGCUGAAGACGGACUAUGAAAGUGAAAUGCAACGUCUCGUGAAGGAGUUCGGAGAAGAAGAGCAAUACUUGAUUGCCAAGCACACUAAACAGUUGGACGACCUGAAGGACAUUUUUGUUGCUUUGGAUUCUGCUUAUGCGCAUAAAGCAAACGAUGCGAAGGCGGAACAGCACAGCCUUAAGGAUGAACUGAGAAACAGGAACCUGGAGGACAAGCAUGCUCUUCGAACUGCUCUCGAAACGAAAGUGAAUAAUUUGUGGGCAGAGUUCAAAACGGCUCUCAACCAGUAUAACAGAACAACAGAUGAGAAGGUCGGAUUCUUCGAAACACUGAAGCUUAAAGACGAGAAAUCCGCUGAUGAAAUCGAAAUGCAGAUGCGCAAACUGCAACGAAUCAGUGAGCAGAUUUCCAUCACGAGGCGUCGAAUGUGUAAAGUCGGAAAGGAGUUCGAGGAAAAGAAUCGGCACUUGAAAGAGGAACGCGAAAAGUUGAUGAUACACUUUCAGUCUUUGAAGACCCAACUGAACAAACUGCGGGAAUCACAACACGAAAAAUUGGUAAAAGUGUCACUGGAAAGUGGCGCAGCAAAUAAAAAGGUACGAAUUCUGUUGAACAAAGCGGAAAGGAUAAUCAAGCUGGCGGAGCAUUGCCGGAAAUACGAAACGGAGGCGGAAAAAGUGGUUCCUUUCUACGUUUCAAGCCUAACCGAGGACGAGGAGGCGCAAGUGCAGAAGGCAUUUCAAGUGGAUGGUGACGAUGAGUUGGCUCAGAUAUUGCGCCAGUGUGUCCCCUUGGAGAUGUUCUGGCGACGUUUUAACAAAGUGCAACUGGACCGCCUUGCCAUUUUGAAGGAGCAUAGUGUGCUCGAACAAGAGAAUCGUCAGCUAAAGUCGUUGUUGAAGCAGUACCUGGACGGCAUCUCCGUCAAUGCCAAUGUGCUGGAGGCAAACAACACCUUGAUUGUUGUGAAUGGACGCUCAAAUGUGAACCGAAGGGAACUGACCGAGGACCCCCGGAUCCGCAUGCUGACAUGUCCCACAAAGUCUGAGUUCACAGCAGACGCUCCGAUGCAGAUUCCACAACAAGAUACAAACACUCCCUUCGCUUGAUUUCAUGCAUUUCACGAUGGUUAGCCACGGGGAUAAUGGACAGAUGCAUGCUUAGUUUCCACCGUAUGUAUUAAGAGCUAAAAAUAUAUGUAUAUGCCAACUCGA